AUGCUUCUUGGUUCUGAUCACUCGAUCCCUGCCGUGAAGCUUGUCAUUCUCGGUAAUUCUGGAGUAGGUAAAACAUCGCUUAUUAAUCAAUGGAUAAAUGGAUCAAAUCUACAAAAUCCGAAACCAACCAUUGGAGCCGUCAACCAUAUGCAGCGUCUUACCUACGACGAUCAAGACGUAGACUUAUUUAUUUGGGAUACUGCCGGCCAAGAACAGUUCUCCUCUCUUGCGCCUCUUUAUGUUCGUUCUACAAACGUUGGUAUAGUUGUAGCAGAUAUUUCAGAUAAAGAAUCAUUCAAUGAAGUCGAUAAAUGGGUUGAUAUUGUACGAACAGAAAAUCCAACACUUCCUCCUCUUGUUUUAGCAAUCAAUAAGAUAGAUUUAGACAGCAAAGUUUAUUCGGAAUCAGACGUCAUUACUAGAUUCACACAGCAGUUUGCAAAAAUCUUUUUUGUUUCCGCAACUACUGGAUAUAAAGUUGAUCAAUUAUUUACAGAAGCAGGACGUUUAGGAACUAAUUUCGUUCUGUCUUUUAAUAGUAAUUCGAAUCAUAUUGUUGUUGGAAAUCCAAAACAAAAUCAAAAAUCCGGUUGUUGUUAA